AUGGCUCGGCCUGAAGACUCCACAACAAUGGCCCAGCAUCUCGAUGGCGAUCACUCCCCCGAUCUAAGUGACAAGGAGCAGGAACGGAAACUCAAGGACUACGAUGCUGAAUCUGGUCAUGGCCGUCGCCAUUCCCACCAUCAUGUCACUGCGCUGGACCUUUCCUCGACGACCGAGAGCGUCGGUCGUCAGAUUGAAAUGGAGGCCGAGAAUACGAUUAAAUAUCGCACUUGCAGCUGGCAAAAGACUGCCGCUUUACUAUUCUCCGAGUACAUCUGUCUGGCUAUCAUGUCCUUCCCUUGGUCGUACUCCAUCCUCGGCCUUGUCCCUGGCUUGAUCUUGACGGUUGUUAUUGCGGGUAUAGUCUUAUAUACCUCGCUGAUUGUCUGGAGAUUCUGUCUGCGACACCCUGAAAUCCGCGAUGUCUGUGAUAUCGGUCAAUAUUUAUUCUGGGACUCGAAGAUUGCCUGGUGGGGCACGGCUGUCAUGUUCCUCCUAAACAACACUUUCAUCCAGGGUCUGCACUGUGUCGUUGGCGCAAACUACCUUAACACGAUGUCCGAUCAUGCAGUCUGCACAGUCGUCUUUUCUUUAAUUGUCGCAAUCGCCUCGUUCUUCUGCUCUUUGCCCCGAACCUUCGGCACCCUCGCCCAUAUCGCGACAGUUUCCGCCUUAUUUACCUUCAUCUCAGUUAUCCUAGCGACAAUCUUCGUCGGCAUCGAGGGCCACCCCACCAAUUACCCUGAAGCAGGCGAGCCACUUGUUUCCGCCCUUCCUCCAAAGGGCACAACAUUCGUCCAAGGAAUGAACGCCUUCUUGAACAUUAGCUAUACCUUCAUCGGACAAAUCACUCUGCCCAGCUUUAUCGCCGAGAUGAAAGAGCCCCGUGACUUCUGGAAGUCCGUAACAGCCGUGACAAUUGCCGAGGUCAUCGUCUUCAGCCUCGUCGGCUCGAUCGUCUACGUCUACACCGGCUCUCAAACAGAGUAUAUGAAAGCGCCGGCCUUUGGUUCCAUCUCCAACGAAGUAUACAAAAAGGUCUCGUUCUCCUUCAUGAUCCCAACAAUCAUUUUCCUCGGUGUUCUAUACGCAUCUGUCUCCGCACGCUUCAUUUUCUUCCGCCUGUUCGAGGGAACGCGCCAUAAGAGCAGCAACACGGUCGUCGGAUGGGCCUCCUGGGCCGCCAUCCUGGCCGCGCUCUGGAUUGCAGCUUGGAUUGUCGCGGAGGUCAUCCCUUUCUUCUCGGACCUGUUGUCUAUCAUGAGCUCCCUGUUCGAUUCCUUUUUCGGUUUCAUCUUCUGGGGCGUGGCGUAUAUUCGCAUGCGCAGUGCUGAUCAUGGUCCGCGUUUCUUCAUGGAGCGUGGCAUUCGCGGCUGGUGCGGAUUUAUCUUCAAUGUGCUGUUGAUUUGCAUUGGUCUAUUUUUCCUGGGACCUGGUACCUAUUCUUCUGUCAUGGCCGUGGUCGCCAGUUACCAAAGCGGUGACGUCGGUGGCGUCUUCACUUGCGCCAGCAACGGUUCGUAA